ACUUUCGUUCAAUGAAACUUCAUUGUUUAUCCCUGACUUGAAGUUCUUCAAUAGAGAGUUCCUAGCUUCGCUUGCGGAAUGUCUUUACUACGUCAAGCUGUUACCCAGGCGAACAAGAUGUACCAGGCCAUCCGCCCGAGGGUGGGGCUUAAUCUGGCAGCGUCCUAUGUCCAGCAGAGACAGAUCUUUUUUUCCCGCUCAGACUAUCCGGACCCAGAGGUCAGUCUAGAGAGGCUGAGGGGGAGAAUACAAGAUCUCCAGAAGGAGAUCCUCAGUGGCAAGGCCGAGCUGGCGCGUUACGAGAAGCUGCUCGCAAGGGACCCGAAGAACAAGGCUAUCUCUAAGGAAAUUUUUUAUCUGAAGAGAAGGCAAAGUGAGGCUUAUACAUUUAUACAACAGGCGCAUCUGAUAAUCAAACACAUGGAAAGAAAGUAUAACAUGUAAGGGAAAUAACUCUCAAUGGAAAAAUAAAAUUACCAAGACAUUUUAAAUUUGUGUCCGUAAUGGGAAAAGAAACACUAGUCUAAGUAUAAAAC